AUGUUGAGCCCGCGUUUCCUCCGCCCAGCAAAGUCGCUGGUGCGGCCCUUCACCUCCUCCGCUGUCUCCUACCGUUCCCCCUCAAUUAGAGACAUGACCCCGAACUCUGCCGAAGAGUUCAACCGGCGACAGAAGGAGUUUCGCGAGAACCUCGAAGAGGCUCGCAAGAAAAAGGAACUGCAAGAGAGUCAGUCUGUCAAUGCUUCUGCUUCUGCCUCUACCUCGUCCCUUCCUACCCGUGAGUCCGCUCCCACUGCUCCGCACGUGAGCAAUGCGAGCACUUUAGAAAAUCGAAUUCGUCCGGCCUAUGAUGCCGCUGAAGCUCUGGACAAUAAGGCCUUAGGCUUACUCGCUUUACAUCGUUCUAUAGGAGAUGAUAAUUCACAGGAGAACCCGAAUAAGCGCGGUCCUCUUUCUUCCCUGAUCUACGGCACGAAGGAAGGUCAGCACUUCGACAAGGAUAUUGAGCGCUCGUUUUCGCAGGUUCUCGCUCGCGGUAAAUACGUUCAUUCUGUCGUUUUUCACGAUGUUAAGCCCGACAAGGUCGAUGAGUAUGUCGACCUUGUUGGUCAGUGGUACCCACGUAUGGCUGGGACAGAGGAGAACCGCGUCAAUUUGGUGGGCAGUUGGCGAACACAAGUUGGAGACAAUGAUACAUUCGUUCACAUCUGGGAGUACCAACGCUACGAAGGUUACCAUGCCUCUUUGCACAAUAUCUCCGUUCACCCUGAAUUCCGCGACUUUGACCGCAAACUGAAGAGUCUGAUCAAGAGUAAGAAAACAUCGCUUAUGCAAGAGUUCUCCUUCUGGCCAACUACCCCACCGCGCCGACUGGGUGGCCUUUUCGAACUCCGCUCAUACACCUUGCACCCCGGUAACCUGCUCGAGUGGGAGACACACUGGCGCCGUGGUCUGACAGCCCGUCGAGAAGUCAUGGAGGGCGUAGGCGCAUGGUUCGUCCAGAUCGGAGAUCUGAACACCGUACACCACCUGUGGCAAUUCGCCAAUCUGGAAGAGCGAAAGAUCCGACGUGAACAAUCUUGGGGUAUUGAAGGAUGGGGCGAGACAGUGCACAAGACUGUUCCUCUCAUUCAGUCUAUGCAGAGCCGAAUCCUUGUUCCGAUGCCAUGGAGCCCUGUCGGUUAA